UUAUGACAUGUUUCCCUAGUUGCACACAUGGAAACAGGGACAAUAUCAAUAUUUACGUCUGACCAUAGAAACCGCUGGGGAUAAGGGUAUAAAUGGAACUGCACCUACCAGACAACAGCAACUACAUUUAAGUUAACUGUUUGGUUUACUAAGUGUCUUUUGAGUGGAACUAAAAUGAAGAUUGCCUGGAUUUCAGCUGCCUUUUUGGCUUUUGUCUGUUUCUUCCAGAAUGGAGAUGCAGCAGUUUCCGCCUGGACCGUACCGGAUAUACCUGGUAGUGCAGAUGGAGCAGGAACCCUUACUAUUCAAGAAAACCAAGCCACUAGUGAAACAAUUACAACAUUUGCCGCCACAGGCGCAACGUCAUACUCCUUAGUAACUGCAGUUAGUCCAUUUGGUUUGGGUACAGAUGGUGCACUGACAAUUACUGCCGCACUUGACUACGCAACAGCUUCAUCAUACACAUUACUCAUUAAGGCCGAAGAUAGCGCAGAUCCACCGACUUCUGGGACAGCAACUAUCACAGUCACCGUCAAUACUGCUCCAUCAUUUGCAACCAGUUACAGUCCUUGCAUUCUUGACGCUUCCGUAGCUGAUACUACAUUGGUAACCGUAUCAGCAACAGACGCGAAUGGCGAUACGCCUAAUUACGCUUUAACUGGUUCAGGUUUCAAAAUUGAUUCGAGCACAGGCCUUAUUCAGGUUGACGGAGUGACCCUUGACAAGGCCACUACACCAAGCUAUGCUCUUGUUGUCACAGCCGACGACGGUACCUUGACAUCAACAACAACAGUUUCUGUAACAGUCGCGGAUGUCUGCAGCAGUGCAGUGGGUGUUGCUGCCAGUUUGAUGGCACUUCUUGCAGCUCUAUUAGUUAACAUAUUUUGAAUUGCAGAGAAAACGUGAAAUGGCGUGAAAUUCCAAUUUUGGAUAACAUAGAAAUAAACAUUUAACAACAGCAUUCAUCAUUUCUAUUUUCGGCUUUUCUUCUGAAAUGUUACCGUUUUUUUUUUUCAACGCGUAAAAAAUAACAGUUUCCAAUUUGUUUCUUUUUUCCAAGUACAAUAGUACAAUUAUAUAUGCUAGAAAUUGUUAUAUUUGCAUACGAAAUAAGUGUUAUGUGAGGGAUAUAUUUAAGAAAUAAAUAAUGUCAUAAACAGCUAGAUCCCAAUAUGAAUAUAUGUUUCACAACAGUUAUAUAGAAAACAGCUGCCUAAAAUAUAUGAUUUUUAAACCAACUGUAGUCAAAAAUGCUUCAAACAAAUCUAUUACAUAGCCAUGAAUGAUACGGCUUAUUAUUAAACGCUCUUAUUGACACCUUCCCCACCCAAAUAUAUUUUGUUAUAAGGACGAAAAUUGUGGCAGGUUUAAAGCAUUUAUUAUCUAUUGCAUCUAAAGUCACUUUCUAUCUUUACUGGCAUUUCUAAUUCAUUUACAUAUAUAAAAUUACUAACAUGUUACGAUUUUUAUGUAUAUUAGUGAACUUUAGGUGAGAUGACCGAUACACUAUAGACAGAGAAGAAACUUGUACAAAACUAGACUUUGAAAGAUGAUAGAAUUAACACUCGUAUGUAUACAAGAAAUACAUACAAAUAAGAACAUUUAUUUUGUUAGUCGGAAUAAAUUUUGUCUACCGUCGAUUUAUGAUAACACUCGAGGUUUACAAUUUUUCUAUAACUACACAGUUACAAUACUGCAAAUCAACAUGCGAACAAACUGACAACAGUUUAACAGGAAUUAACUUUUCUUAAAAGAAACCUUCUACAAUUGUUUUUCAAGUUCCUGAAAGAGUAGCUAUAUAGUGCUCGUUGGUCUACUCCCUUUAGUACUUGGUUGUCAUAGAAACAUGAUGUUUGUCGUAUUAGGGAAGUGAUUUUUGUUAUGAGAUAUCAUUAUAUCGAUGUCAAAUCAUUGUCCCAGUGUGUGCUUUCAACUCUUAGUUAGGUUUUAGACAUGUUCUUUCUUAUUUUCUUAUAGUAUAUUCAUGGAAUAAAUAAUGGAAAUUAUAA